UAAACUUUCCCAUUUCUCAGGUAGGUACCUUACCUCGUCUUAUAGAAAGGGAUUGUGAAUCACCCACGGGCUGCCUUGGAUGUGCGCCCGACCAUCUGCAGCUGCACAAUAUUGAAGGAAGGAGGAGAGCUGCUUUGCUCCCUCAAAUGUUUCAACAGAAAUUCCUCACUUCCUCCUUCCUGUGAAUAAAAAAAGAAACUUGAUUCAUAUGCUUCUGAGAGGGUGCACUCGAGGCUGAGACAACCCAUCUCCAUCAACAUCCAUCUCUUCUGCAUUGCAUUCCAUUCUAUCUAUCACCAACUCUCUUCUCUUCUCUUCUCUUCACUCCUCUUGUUCUCUUGUCAUUCAUCACUUGAUACAAGCAACUCCAGCUUCAACUCUUCACUCACCUAUUUCCCCAGUUCUUCCAUUUUCAACUUCGUCAACAUGUCGCGGUAUUCAUCUGGCGUCAAGCCUGGAGAGAUACCUCCAAUUUACGACGAGAUAAUGCUGGCUCGUAAAGGCCAGGAAGUCCGUCAUGCGAGCUCAACAAUGCCCUGGUGGAAUCCUCGGUACUGGCGAAAGAGAGUCUGGGCUGCUAUUAUCAUAGUCAUCAUUGUCAUAGUGAUAAUAAUUGUUGCUGUCGCCGUGGGAAAAGCUAGAAAGAAUAUAUAUCCAGACUACACACCAUUAUCGUACAGCUUGAAAGAUACAUAUGGGGGUGAAUCCUUCUUUGAUCAGUUCAACUAUUUCACAGGAUACGACCCCACUGAGGGCUUCGUUCAUUACGUUCCAAAAGCGCAAGCAGAGCUUCUUAAUCUCACAUAUGCUUCGCCCAGCACUGCCGUUAUCAAAGUCGACACUUCUGUCGGCCCCAACGACAAGCCUAAUGCAUCUACUGGUCGCUUUUCUGUUCGAAUCGAGUCCAAGAAGACAUACGAGAACGGCCUUUUCAUCUUCGACGUCAAGCAUACUCCCUAUGGCUGCGGCACAUGGCCGGCCCUUUGGCUUACAGACCCUUUCAACUGGCCGAAUCAUGGAGAAAUUGAUGUUAUGGAGUCGACAAACAAAGCCGAAGACGGGAAUCAAAUGACCUUGCACACUACCGGCGACUGCUCAAUGGACGUACGCCGCGAGGACACAGGUAAGACACUGCAGAAAAACUGCAACCACGAAAAGGAUGAUAAUGCAGGCUGUGGCGUUCUGUCAGAGCCUGCGGGAUACGGCACUGUCUUCAAUAAGAAUGGGGGAGGUGUGAUGGCGGUUGAAUGGCGGCAUGAAGGCAUCCGCAUGUGGCAGUUCGGCAGAGACUCUAUACCAUCAGAUAUUAAAGGAAACAACCCAAAGCCCGACACUUGGGGUACUGCUGUUGCCGACUUUCCCAACACACAUUGCAACAUUGGCACGCACUUCAAGAACCAGAGUAUCAUUGCCAAUAUCGACCUGUGUGGCAGUCUCGUCUAUCACGUUUGGGACAACUCUGGAUGUUCGGGCAAAUGCACUGAUCUCGUUGCCAACAAUCCUGAAGCAUUUGAGAAUGCGUAUUGGGAGUUUGGCACUUUUCAAGUAUACCAAGCAAGUUGAGUCUGAGUAUGUCCAGAGCUGAACGUGUGCUGUUUGCUCUUUUGAAAGCGCGGCGUUAAGAACAAAGGGGUCUUCAGGUUGCAUUUAUGAGAUAGACAGUCAUUGCAGAAAUAAAUUCUUU